UUUCUAUUGAUCGGUAUUCCGAAUAGAAAUAAGAUCUUUAAAGAUCUAGAAAUAAAAUUUAUAAAGAUCUAAGAACAAAACGUAGGAUUUAUAAAGGAAUAAGAAAUAAGCAUUAAGACCUCUGAAAAUCUAGAAAUAUAAAACCCUAAAAAGAUAAUAAAAAAAGAAGUAACAAAAAGUUUAAUCAUUGCUAUUAUACCUGUUUAAAGAAAAUGGCAAGAUUGUAUUUACUUAAGAGAAACACUGCUGAUGAAUUGCCUUUAACACCUGAUAGUGACCCAUCCACAACAAUUACGUUUCAAGGGGUAUUAAACAAGGAAGAAUCAUUGAAAAACAAUGAUAUAAAAGAAACAAACACAAUUAAUGAAGAGCAUUUUAACCUGAGUAUGAUGCAAUCAAUUAUUGCAGAAUUUCGUGACCACCCAGAUCGCUUACUUUCAAAUCAAAACUUACAACUAAUUUUAGAAAGCUUGGGCGAACCUACAGACUCCAAUACAAUACAGGAAUGGAUGAGGUUUUAUGAUCAAAACAAUAAAGGAGGGAUUGAACUAGCAGGCUUUUUGCAAAUUGUUCUUGAUCAAAUUCUUCCUGUUGAAGAUUCGGAGGAGGAAAUUGAAGAUGCUUUUAAAGUUUUCGAUACAGAUGAUAGCGGCGAGAUAAAUUGCGAUGCUUUAGAGUAUAUUCUAAAAACAAGAGGCAAUUGUCUAUCGACGGAAGAAUUUGCUAUACUCAUGAGCAAAAACAACCCUAAAAAAGAAAAGUCAUUUAAAUGGAAAGAAUUUUGUCAAAGGUUUGCCGAAGAAGUUUAUCAAACAAAUGCAAGUAAUGCCCUCUCGUAACUUAUGGACAGUCAAAUAACUUUAAAAAUUUUCAAACAAUUUUUUGAAUAAAGUGUAAAAGU